AUGGCCGGCUUCGCCAUGCGCAUUGUGUCUGACUGGCACCAGCGACGCAGAGACAGCCACUCCACCCGCGGGCUCAUCGCCGUCGUUUUUGACCAACGGAAUCAUGGUGGACGCCUCGUAGAUGAGCGAGCCAAUAAUGCCUGGAAGAAGGGUAACGCUACACACGCUAUUGACAUGGCGGGUGCCAUCGCUGGCAUGGUGUCUGAUACUCGGGGCCUCAUUGAUCUUGUGGAUGGCUAUGUUGCACAUGAGCUCAGAGGAAUCAAGGAUGGGGGCUGGGGCGGCGAGAUUGACCAACAUCUGCUCUUGGGCGUUAGCCUGGGUGGCCACAGUGCCUGGCAGGCCCUGUUCGCUGAGCCGAGGAUCCGUGCAGCAGUCAUUAUCAUUGGUUGUCCUGAUUUCAUGGCCCUCAUGACCAAUCGUGCCAAGAACGCGGAGCUAUCGACUUACAGCGCUGAGGACAAGGGCACUUCCUUUCUGGGAAGCAAGGAUUUCCCCAGGGAUCUGGUUCGGGCUUGCGCUAAACAUGACCCGAAGGCCAUUCUCUUUGGCACGAGUUCAAUUUCGAAAAAGCCAUCCGAAGAAGAGCAGCAGCGGCUCAGGACGGUUCUGGAUGGCCGUAUUAAGGGCAAGAAGCUCCUCGUCUGCUCCGGCGGCGAUGAUCGACUGGUGCCCUAUUCUCAAUCAAGGCGGUUCCUUGAAUUUUUAGAGGAUGCCACAAAGACUUGGUACAACGAUGGAGGCGUCGUCCUGGAAAACAAGGUGUACGAGGGGGUCGGCCAUGCCUUCAGCGAAGGCAUGGUGGAGGAUGCGGUGAGGUUCUUGCUAGACGAGGUGGCGUCAGGUCCUCCGGGAGACGGGGGAGAGAGGUAUGGCUCGGAAGAGAGAAAGUCCAAGAUAUAG